AUGGCGUCAUUGUCAAGCCAACCAUCCAAGAAGGCGAUACGUAGCCCUGGGGGUGGCUCUAACUCUCAGAACAACCGCAACUCAAGUGGCCAAACUGUGAAAUUCGCCAGGAGAACAUCAAGUGGUCGAUAUGUUAGUCUUUCGAGGGAAGACCUAGACAUGUCAGGGGAGAUAUCCGGAGAUUAUAUGAACUACACGGUCCACAUUCCUCCCACCCCGGACAACCAGCCAAUGGACACCUCCGUGGCUACCAAGGCUGAAGAGCAAUAUGUGUCUAAUUCCCUCUUUACCGGGGGGUUUAACAGCGUCACACGUGCUCAUCUCAUGGACAAGGUCAUUGAGUCCGAGGUGACUCAUCCUCAAAUGGCCGGAUCCAAGGGCUCCGCAUGCUCCAUGCCUGCUUGUGAUGGCAAGGUCAUGAAGGAUGAGAGAGGAAAAGAUAUAACCCCUUGUGAUUGCAGGUUCAAAAUUUGUAGGGAUUGUUUUAUGGAUGCCCAGAAAGAUACUGGUUUGUGUCCAGGGUGCAAAGAGUCUUACAAGGUGGGCGACUACGAGGAAGAUGCAACAGAUUAUGGUGGAGCAUUGUCAUUGCCAGCCCCUGAUCGUUCCAAAGGAGAACGCGGUAUGAUAAAGAGGAACCAAACCGGAGAAUUUGAUCACAACAAGUGGCUGUUUGAGACACAGGGUACUUACGGCUAUGGGAAUGCUUAUUGGCCUCAAGACGAGUAUGGAGACGAUGGCGAGGAUGGGGGAGGAGCUAUGAUGGAUUUAAAUGAUAAACCUUGGAAGCCCCUAAGUCGAAAAACGCCAGUACCAUCAGGCAUCAUUAGCCCUUACAGGUUGUUGAUCGUGGUUCGGUUGGUAGUGUUGGUAUUUUUCUUGCAUUGGAGAAUAAAACAUCCGAAUAAUGAUGCUAUAUGGCUGUGGUUUAUGUCAGUUGUUUGUGAGCUAUGGUUUGCCUUUUCCUGGAUCCUAGAUCAAAUUCCCAAGCUCUGCCCUGUCAACCGUUCAACCGACCUUGAGGCUCUCCGAGACAAAUUUGAUCUUCCCUCGCCAUCCAAUCCCACAGGGCGCUCUGAUCUCCCCGGUUGUGACAUGUUUGUGUCCACUGCUGAUCCUGAAAAGGAGCCACCCCUAGUCACCGCAAACACCAUCCUGUCUAUCCUGGCAGUCGAUUACCCGGUGGAGAAGCUAGCUUGUUACAUAUCAGAUGAUGGAGGUGCUCUCCUCACCUUCGAGGCAAUGGCUGAGGCUUGCAGCUUCGCUGACUUGUGGGUCCCCUUCUGUCGGAAACAUGACAUUGAGCCCAGGAAUCCUGAAGCCUAUUUCGCCCUCAAGGGCGACCCAACCAAGAAUAAAUUGAGGUCUGAUUUUGUCAAGGAUAGGAGAAGGGUGAAGAGGGAGUAUGACGAGUUCAAGGUGAGGAUCAAUGGCCUCCCUGAUUCGAUAAGAAGGAGAUCGGACGCCUUCAAUGCUAGGGAAGAGAUGAAAACCAUUAAGCACAUGAGAGAGAGUGGAGCUGACGCUCUGGAGCCUAUCAAAGUCACAAAGGCCACUUGGAUGGCUGAUGGCACCCACUGGCCUGGAACUUGGGCUAGUCCUUCCGGUGAACAUGCCAAAGGUGAUCAUGCUGGCAUUCUUCAGGUGAUGCUGAAGCCGCCAAGUCCUGACCCUCUAAUGGGAGAAGCAGAUGACAAGAUCAUAGACUUCUCAGACGUGGAUAUACGCCUCCCCGUGUUCGUGUAUGUCUCGAGAGAGAAAAGGCCCGGUUAUGAUCAUAACAAGAAAGCCGGUGCCAUGAAUGCCCUCGUCCGAGCAUCAGCUGUAUUGUCCAAUGGCCCAUUUAUACUCAACCUGGAUUGUGACCACUACAUCUACAACUGCAAGGCUGUCCGUGAAGGGAUGUGCUUCAUGAUGGACCGAGGUGGAGAAGACAUCUGCUACAUCCAAUUCCCUCAGAGAUUUGAAGGCAUUGAUCCCUCUGAUCGAUAUGCCAAUCACAACACCGUCUUCUUUGAUGGCAAUAUGCGUGCACUUGAUGGCGUUCAGGGACCGGUUUAUGUGGGAACAGGCUGCAUGUUCAGGCGGUUUGCGCUGUAUGGUUUUGAUCCACCGCAGCCUGAUAAGUUGUCCCAGAAGAAUGCUGAGGGACAGAGCUUGUCAGCCACGGAUUUCGAUCCUGAUCUUGACGUCAAUCUCUUGCCCAAGCGGUUUGGGAAUUCUACAGUGCUGUCUGCGUCCAUACCAGUAGCUGAAUUCCAAGGCCGCCCACUCGCUGAUCAUUCUGCAGUCAAGUUUGGACGACCUCCCGGCGCUCUCAGGGUCCCCCGUGAUCCCCUUGAUGCUGCCACCGUAGCUGAAGCCGUCUCCGUCAUCUCUUGUUGGUACGAGGACAAAACUGAGUGGGGUGACCGUGUGGGUUGGAUUUAUGGCUCAGUGACAGAAGAUGUGGUCACAGGCUACCGGAUGCACAACCGAGGGUGGCGCUCAGUCUACUGCAUCACCAAGCGUGACGCCUUCCACGGGUCAGCUCCAAUUAAUCUCACUGAUCGGCUUCAUCAGGUGCUCCGGUGGGCUACAGGUUCGGUCGAGAUUUUCUUCUCCAGAAACAACGCUCUCCUCGCCAGCAGACGCCUCAAAAUACUCCAGCGCAUGGCUUAUAUCAAUGUUGGUGUCUACCCUUUCACCUCCAUGUUCCUUAUAGUCUACUGCUUCCUCCCCGCGCUCUCCCUCUUCUCCGGUCAAUUCAUCGUGCAAAAUCUAGAUGUCAAGUUCCUAGCCUACCUACUCACCAUCACCAUUUGCCUCAUCUCCCUAGCCAUCUUGGAAGUGAAAUGGUCUGGGGUGGCAUUGGAAGACUGGUGGAGGAAUGAACAGUUUUGGCUCAUUUCGGGAACUAGUGCUCACUUGGCUGCAGUGGUGCAAGGUCUACUGAAGGUGAUUGCAGGUAUUGAGAUCUCUUUCACACUCACUACCAAGUCUAGUGCAGAGGAUGAGGAGGAUAUAUACGCGGACUUGUACCUCGUGAAAUGGACUUCCUUGAUGAUUCCACCAAUUGUUAUCGCCAUGAUCAAUAUAAUUGCAGUUGCAGUUGCAUUCUCAAGGACAGUCUACAGCACCGUGCCACAGUGGAGUAAGUUCAUCGGUGGGACAUUCUUCAGCUUCUGGGUGCUUGUUCAUUUGUAUCCUUUCGCCAAGGGUCUGAUGGGGAGGAGGGGAAAGACACCCACAAUCGUGUUCGUCUGGUCGGGUCUCAUAGCGAUCACACUUUCACUGCUCUGGGUAGCCAUUAACCCACCAAGAGGAAACUCAGAAAAUGUUGCAGGGGGGUCAUCUUUCCAGUUCCCGUGAAGUGUAGAAAAGAAAUGGUUGGUUUUCUUUCUUUCUUUCUUGUUUUUGUUUUUGUUUUUCAAUCUUGUUAUGAAGAGAAACUUGUUGAUUCGAUGGCUAUAUAUAUUGGAAUGUAUGGUUGAUGGAAAUGCAGAAUAUUUUGGGGGAAGAAAAGAGGGCUAGUUGAGAAUCCCUGCAAAUUUCUAUCGAAGACUAAAAAGGAACCUGAUAUGGUGGCAAGUUUCUCCUACUAAAGAUACAGAGAAAUUGAUAUUAUAUUUUGUAAAUCUAACAUUAUUCAUUGAAUAUGUAAGCAACAAUAGGACAUUCCUUUACACAGUUUACUGCUCAUUUUUGCCAUACUCUU